GCAGAAGAAGCGCAGUUAGUUAGUUUUUCCACUAUUUGCUGAAAUGCUGGUAAUAUCUGUACUUUGUGUGCUUUCAUGUCACAUCAAGUAAGUAAGAGAGAAAAAUGAUGAGUUGCUUAGCUGAAUGGACAAAGGAUCAGCUCGGAAGUAAGCUCAUCAUCGUCUCCUCAUCAUUUUUGUUAUAGUUCGUCAUUCCAUGGCCACAGUUAAGUAAAACAAGUCCAUCUAUUCCCUCCUGUCACGUCAAAACAACUCCACUUUGCCCGUUUUUUGUUAUCAGGUCCAGUCAGUCGCCUACCAUCCUCUGAGUGGGGAUGACACUAUCUCGCCUCCAUCCCGUGCAGUGCUGGAUUACAUAACCAAAAUCGAAUUAGAUUUGCACACAUACACUUGAAAGAGUAGCAAGUAAAAGUUUCUGCUCAGUCUCAAAAAAAUCUACAUCGUGAACAUCUUUACUUUCUCAUCUGUCAGCGGCUUGUGCUUCAUAAUGACCAUUUUACGACUCAUUCGGGGGAGGAGCGCAUUAUUAUCAUUUUUCGCCUUCUUCCCGUCUGAAACGGUUUUCUCAUUAGUUUCCUCGGGCUGAAAGAUACAUUGCUUGUUUUUGCAGCGUAUGUAUGUGGACGGAAGAAAAUUAUUUAUCUAGUAGGCAGUGGAGUGAAUCAAUCCUAUUUUUGUCUAACGCAGUUCCAAAUUCCAACUUUUUUGGGGGUGAAAUAACAAGUAAAUAUUGUCAAAAUGAAGCCGAGAUUGAUACGAUUGAUGUGGUUCAUGAUUUUUCUCUUGGGGAGUGGAACUGGUUUCGGUCGUGGUAAUCUCAAGGCCAAUAACGCUGGACGACAAGUAGUCGUGAGACAAGAGGAGACAAAAAGUGACAACUUUGUGAAGCUAUUUCUUUGUUGUAAUGACACGCAAAAUGGUGACAAGUUGGAUAAACAUGAAUCUAAUAGCAGCCUCUUCACCCCCUGUGACAAAUGGCUGAACGAUAAGACGAGCAGAAUUUGGAGCGUUCCUCAAAAUUUGAUGAGCACAAGUGUUGAGACACUUUUCUUAUUGGAGAAGAACGUUGACAUUGAUGAGUGCGAAGACGCCUUUACAACGAAACUUUUCACCCAUGAAGACCAAGACGGUUUACGGAAUUGGUUCUAUCCCAAUGGAUAUAUGCGCGUUGGGAAGGAAUUUUAUGCACCAGAUGAAUUCUGCAUUGAAGGUUCCACCGCUGACCACAUCAAAAUCAGAACUUGCCCCCCAAAAUGUGGCCAUUCUCGUCCUUGCAUCCCCAAAUGUUGUACACUCGACAAGGUGUACAGCCUUGGUAUGAGUGAUGGCCAACGCGGAUGUCACCCUCCCUCCGGCAACCCCACCACUUACUUCAAUCCUCCCCUGUACUCUGACGCUGUCACUAAAAUCGCUCCCUCCGAGACCAAGAUGCCACACUACUUCCUCUGGAGGAAGGCCAACUUUAUGUUCAACUGCUUCGAAAACAAGACGACCCUCUUUCCCCUGUCCGACACCGUGGCAAAUAAUUUAAGCUCCAUUUUCAAUGCCACUUUCCACUCGAUAAAUUUCAAAAUCCGGUAUGACGGCGCGGUUCUCUAUAUCGACCUAAUCGACAAGAAGUGUCGAGUGGAGAAAAAUCCGAAAAAAGUUUUGUGCUUCGACGGCGUCCAAGAUUACGGAGGGGAUGUCGGAUUUCAAAAUCAAGAGGAAGAGUACAUUGCCGUUUUGUGUACCGCGUGGAACGUGGAACAUCAGAAGGGUCACGGGAACCAGAUCGUCUAUGGCGUCUUGCUCCUCUGCGCUUCAAUAUUUCCCUUGAUGACGAGUGCCGUGUACAUUUCGCUCUGGAGGAAGCAAAACGUUCACGGGUGGACGAUCGCGGCAACGACGGGGUCACUCUUUCUCAUGUACGUCUUCCAGGGGGUGGCCCUUGUGUUGAACGGGCUGAAUGUGAGGGAGACGAUUAAGACGAUUUGGGGUUGUACUUUCACCGCAAUCGUUGGCCACUUUUUCUGGUUGGCAGCUUUCUCGUGGAUGACUGUGAUGUGUUGCGAUUUAUGGUUGACCUUUAGGUCACUCACGCCUGCGAAUCGACGUUCCAAAGGGAGAAGUCGCUACAUAAAGUACUCCUUGUUCGGCUGGGGUCUCCCAACCGCAUUUGUGGGGACGGGCGUAGUGCUGGAUUACUACUAUUCAAUGGAUGACUGUACCCCCCACUUAGUCCCAGGCUAUGGACAACUCAACUGCUGGAUUGUCCCGAAUUCACAAGGCGUCUACAACUAUUACCCCGCGGCAGUGUUGCUCUGCUUAAAUUGCGUCUUUUUUGGCGUGACGUGUUUCAAGCUAUUGAAAUACAGAGAGAACACGAGGAUAGCGACAAAAAGGGAGACAGACCAUUGGAAAGGUUUCACCCGGCUGACAAAGCUAAUAAUUGUAAUGGGAGUUAGUUGGGCGUUUGAUAUAUGUUCCUGGAGCAUUGACGGCCUUACUCUCAAAUGGUACUGGAUGAUCUUUGACAUUAUCAACAUACUGAGAGCUGUUGGUGUGUUUGUCGUGUACGUGUGUAAGCAAGAUAUCAUCGUUCAACUAGAAGAUGCCCAUCCUCGUCUAAAAAGUAACAACCAAUGCUUGAUAAUGGAGCAAAGCGAAUUUUUAUAAGUUUUGACACCUUUUAAGAGACGCAUUUCGAACGAUUUGUCGGAACGGACUGGUUCCACCGCGCUCAUGGCGGUUUCUCCCACGAGUUUACAUGCAUCACCAAGUUUUAGAAUGGAACAGAACAAUAGGGCGAGUUGA